GCUUGGUCUGUGUUUAUUAUAGCGUGUUUUUCUUAAUAACUACUGACAGCCCCACUUCCUGUCACAUGUGAAGCAUAGAUUGAUGUCAAAGGUGACAUGUGUGUUAUUUCCAUCACUGCACUAAACCUUUCACCAUUUACCCAUGAAUCUUAAAGUUCAAGUGGUCAAACUGAAGCAAUGUGUUGUUAAUUGUGCUUCUAAUGGCAUGGAGAUUUAACAAUGUAAUGUUGGAGAGGUCCCCUCUGAGAUGCACAUGAACGGGGUUUUGCUGUGGAAUCUUGGCUCUUUUUGGACACAAGCAUGGCGGCAGGAGACAUAACACACCAUGAUCGUUCCUUGUUCUUUUGGCACUCUUACCUGCCGUGGCUUUUUGCUGUAGGGUCACACACUAAUCCCACGUUACCACGGCUGCUGGGAUAUUCAUCACUGUGUGUUUUCAAGAUACAACAAUGAGACCUCUCAUCCAGUGUCCCCCUCCCCCCUCACUCCCCGUCCUUGCGUCUGAAGUCCUGUGACCACAUGGAAGAGGAAAGCGCUGCCCUUGAGGCUGAGAAGAAAGCGGAGCAGCUGAAGACGAAGCGUCUUCAAGAGUACACCAUUCAGUCCCACUCCAGCGUGCCCCAUAACAACACGUAUGCAAACUUUGAGCGUUUCGCCCAUGUGCUGGAGGAUGUAAGUCUGAUGGAGCGGGGCCUGUCAGAGGUGGCAGUAGCCCACCACUCUCUGCAAGGCGACAUAGAAGCACUGCUCACCAUCUACAAUGACAAAGAGAGCUGGUACAAGGAGGAGAGUGAGACGGCGAGGAAGCAUCUGUCCCAGGUCCGCUACGAGUUUUGUAAAGUGGAGGCCACGAGGAGACUGCUGCAGGAGGACUUGAAGUCCAUGGAUGCCAGUCUGGAGAGCAUCAGUGGGAAGUACGACCACAGGCAGAGUCAGCUGGACGCUCUGAGGCAGGAGCUGAGCACUGAGCUUCGGUGGCUGGAGGAGGUGAUGGGCUCAUUGCAGCAUGGAAGAGGCCAACAACAGCAGGGGGAAUAUGCAAUACGCAAUGAAGGAAGUGCUGCAUCCGUUCUGCAGGAAGGAACCGAGCACUGAGGCCAAACAGCCACUCAGGUCCGGAUGAGACGAACAAAGGAAGAUGCACUAAUGUGCGUUGUUUUUGAAAAUAAAAAUGAUCUAAUUCUACACAUUGUUUUUUGUUUCAGCAGCUCAAGCACAUUUUAUAACUGUUUAGUCUUUACGUUUGCUUAUUGUGCAUGGGAUUUCUGUAGAGUAUUCUUGCUAAGAGGGGGAGGAUGAGAUGGAUACCACUUUCACAUCUGUACCGUAAAUAUGACGAUAAUACUCAGGAGACUUUUGGAUAUCUGUUUCUACCAGCCAAUAUUGACUAACUAACUUUUAACUAAAUGUUGACGACCUUCUGGCUGCAGUUUCAUAUUUAUCAGCCAUGAGAGUAUCAUAAAACUCUCGG